AUGGCAGCAACAUUUUCGGCCGAGGAGGUAGCAAAUGUUGUUGUUUCUUCAAAAAGGAAGCACAAUAAAAGUGAAGCAAAGGACCAGGGCAAUAAAAUCAGGAAGUGCCUGCUGCCCUUAUUCAAGGAAUCAAAAAGCGAGCUGCUAGAGGAAGGAGUGCGAUUGCUGCAGCCGCUGAUAGAAAUGCCUAGCAGCUGCCCAUCGAAGAUCCUGGCUGGCAGCUCAAUAAAUGCAGCAAUCGUUUUCCGGAACGAGUUGCGAAUGUGGCUGGCAGCAAUUUGUCGCCGACUAUGCGGCAGACGUUGUGUGACGAACCCGUUCUCCUCGGAAAUAACACGCGAUAUGCCUUAUGAGCUGUUUGUUGUGUUUCGGAGGGUGGUCAAGACUGGGCCUGGGUUUGUGGAGCCAUAUUGUUUUACUGGAAGCAAUAAGAAGGGGGAUGUAAUAUCCUUCACAAAUCUACGCCUAGUUACGGAGUUACUGGCAUUGCUCUCAGGAUACCCAGAGAAGGAAGUGGCAACAUAUUUUAGGAGGAAUUUAACUGGACUGAAAGCUGGACAUAAGGUCAAUGUUAUUGCAAGUGAGGCUAAGGAUUUUGCUUUUAUUUACAUACAGAAACAAG